AUGUUCUUCCAAAAUAAUAAUUCACUAUUUAUAGUUGGUGCUGGAUUUCAAGAUUACAUUGACCAUCUAUCGAUAUCAUUUCAAGCUACAGCUGAAGAAGUGAUUAUAUGGGACGCAACAACUGACAUUUAUGAAACAAUGGAAACUGUGGUGAAAUUUAAUACUGAUGUUCAUAAUAUGAGCUUGCUAACAAUGAUAAUGACGUUAGGAAAAUAUAUGGGUCCAAUUAAAUGUGAAACUCCGGAUGGCAGAGAUUCGACAAAGAAAUUUAAUGAAUCAUUAGUUGAACUGCAUGUCGUUUCACGUGAAUUGACUUACGACGAAGAAGUUUAA